GGGCGGGCGGCCGCGCGUGCGCAGUGCGGGCGGUGGAGGCGAGGCUGUGGGGUGCGCGCGGUACCUGAGGGCCCCGCCCCGCCUCGCCGAUCUCACACGCUCGGAAACGAGCUCGACCCCUUCCUGCAGAUGAGCGAGGCUCCUAAAGAUACUUGAGUGCACACUGAUGUUCUGGAAAGCUUUAGCGGGUGUCUGGCUGCCGCAGAGUGGGAAUCCCCAUGGCAGCUCACAUCUGUCCCCAGAACAUUCCCGCUUCUUUCGCUGUACGGGUUUGUCAGCGCUGCGGCUGCUGGUGUAGUCUGAGCUCUUCACAAAUCGCUUGCUCUGUCAUUCCAUCAGAAGAGAGCUGGAUGCAACUCUUCCAUCCUUGCUGUUGCACAAGUCUGUGAGGUUUUUGUUGUAUGUAGCAGUUCAGUGGGCUGACAAGGUGGCUUGAAAAAAAAAAACACAAAAACCAGCAGCAGAAGAUGUUUCACACUGUUCAGUAUCGACCUUUGAGACUGAUAACCCAAAACAGUCUUUCUAACAUUUGUUUAAAACUGAUGUUUUCAAGACUGAUAACAUUUGAACGGAUAUCAAAGUCAUGGUUCUCAAGCCAUUCUCUUGUUGGAAACAAAAAUAUUAUCCUGAUGGGACCUCCGGGUGCUGGGAAAACAACAGUUGGGAGAAUAGUAGGUCAGAAACUAGAUUGCCCUGCCAUAGAUAUAGAUGAUGAUGUCCUUGAAAGAACCUGGAAUAUGAGUGUGGCAGAAAAACUGCAGGAUGUUGGUAAUGAGCAAUUUUUAGAGGAGGAAGGAAAAGCCCUUUUGAAGUUUUCAGCAUCUGGAAGUGUCAUUUCCCUUACUGGGUCCAAUCCAAUGCACACUGCUGGUAUGCAGCAUGUGAAAAGAAAUGGAAUAGUUGUGUAUCUAGAUGUGCCCACAAUGGUCAUUAUGAGUCGGCUGAAGUCGAUGAAAGUGGAUCGCAUUGUGGGCCAGGGUCCUGCUACUUCUCUUAAGGACAUACUUCAGUUUAGGAAGCAAUUCUACAAAAGGUGGUACGAUGUUCGUGUUCUUUGUGGGGGCAAUAUGGCAGCAGAGGUUGUAGCAGAAAAGGUGCUUGAUGCUGUGAAGAGAUACCAAAACUCAGAAGUGGAAACUUAUGUUUCAACUAGGAGUUCACAAAAAAACUCUCACAAGUAUUUCAGUGAUGUUGUUAUUGAAGGCUUAGCCUCAGAUGGAGGACUCUUUGUCCCUGAGAGAGGACUUCCAGAGUUGACUGCUGAAGAAUGGCAAACUCUAAUUGGAGCAACUUAUGCUGAAAGAGCCCAGGUGAUACUAGAGAGAUGCAUACAUCCUGCUGACAUUCCUGCUUCUAAACUGAGAGAAAUUGUUGGAACUGCAUACGGAGAAAACUUUACUUGUUCUAAAAUUGCCCCAGUUAGACAUUUGACAGGCAAUCAGUUUCUCCUUGAGUUAUUUCAUGGACCAACAGCUUCAUUUAAAGAUUUUGCAUUACAGAUAAUGCCCCAUAUAUUUGCAUACUGCAUUCCCAGGAGCUGCAAUUACUUGGUUCUGGUAGCUACUUCUGGUGACACAGGGAGCGCUGUCUUAGAUGGCUUUAGUCGUCUCCAUGACACUGACAAACAGAGAAUUGCUGUGAUGAGUUUUUUUCCUGAGGAUGGAGUAAGCCCAAUUCAAAAAUCACAGAUGAUUGGUUGUCAGAAAGAGAAUGCCUGGUCAGUAGGUGUCAAAUCUGAUUUUGAUUUUUGCCAGACCGCUAUGAAGAAAAUCUUUACCAACUCGGAUUAUACUGGCUAUCUUACAGUAGAGUAUGGCACUGCUUUAGCAGCAGCAAACUCCAUAAACUGGGCACGACUGCUUCCUCAGGUAGUUUAUCAUGCCUCUGCAUACCUUGAUCUUGUUCAUCAAGGUAUUAUUACAUUUGGAGACCCUGUAGAUGUUUGCAUUCCUACAGGGAAUUUUGGCAACAUAUUAGCUGCCCUGUAUGCCAAAAUGAUGGGAAUCCCUAUUAGAAAAUGCAUUUGUGCUUCCAAUGAAAACAAUGUCUUGACAGAUUUUAUAAGAACAGGUAUUUAUGAUUUGAGGGGAAGAAAAUUAGUUCCAACUUUUUCACCAGCAGUAGAUAUUUUGAAGUCCUCCAAUCUUGAGCGAUACUUGCACCUGAUUGCUGAUGGUGAUGGACAGCUGGUGAUGCAGUUAUAUAACCAGCUGGAAAAUCAGGGCCACUUUCGGCUGCAGAAAGACCUACUUGAAAAGCUUCAGCGGGACUUGGUGGCUGGGUGGUGCUCUGAGGAGGACUGCCUCGCUGCCAUUCACUCUGUCUACAGCACUACAGGAUAUAUUCUGGAUACACACACAGCUGUUGCUAAAGUAGUUGCAGAUCGAUUACAAGAUAAAACUUGUCCAAUUAUUAUUUCAUCUACAGCUCAUUAUUCUAAGUUUGCACCUGCUAUCUUGAGGGCCUUGAGGAUUACAGAAAUAAAACAAAACCCAUUAAGUCAGCUUCACUUGCUGAGUUCUUACAGCCCUCUGCCUCCAGUCCACUGGGGCCUAUUAGCGACACUGAAGAAGAAUGAGAAUGAGGGUCACCGGGUCUGUGCUGCUGAUUUAAGUAUGUUGAUGUCUUGUAUAGAAACCUUAAUUCAAAAUCAUUUUAUGAAAGUUUUCUGAGCAACCA